AGAGAGAGAGAGAGAGGCAUGAAUAUGCACACACGUAUACACAAAGCGGAAGGCAUACUGCGGAUCAGAUUUCAAUAAAUGUGUUCUUGAAUCUUCCGUUUUAGUGAUUUGAUCGGAUCUCAAGAGAUUUUUGGAGUUUUUGUUGUUUAUUUUGAUUUACGGCGACAAUAUAUAUUGAUCUUGUGGCAAUGGUGACGGUGGAUAAUGAGAGUUGUGGUAGUAUGAGUAUGGAAUCGAUGCGGUCGUUCACGGCGGCGAAUAAUGGUAACAGUAAUCGGCAUCAGAUACAAAAGCUAGAGGUUUACAAUGAGAUUCUUCGGCGACUCAAAGAAUCCAACAAUGGUGAAGCUAAAAAACCUGGUUUUGAUGAUGAGCUCUUGGCUCACUUCAAUCGUCUACCGACCAGGUAUGCAUUUGAUGUAAAUGUGGAAAGGGCAGAAGAUGUUCUCAUGCACAAGCGCCUGUUGAAUCUAGCACAUGAUCCUUCUAAUGGGAUUGUAUUUGAGGUCCGGCUGGUACAGGUUUCUCCACUGGCUGAGAGUAACUCGGAUGAUUUAGGCGGUUGCAGCUCACCUGGGAAGCCAAUAGCCCAAAGCAUUCAUCCACCACCUGCCUUUGGGUCAUCACCUAAUCUUGAAGCCCUUGCUCUUGAAUCCCUUGCACUUGAAGCAAAGGAGUCACUAACUCGGAAUGGGAAUGGUGCUGUAAAUAGCCACACAAACCUUCCCUGGCCAAUGCAUGAAAUUACCUUUUCAACAGAUGACAAACCAAAGCUUCUAAGUCAGUUAACAUGUUUACUGGCUGAAGUAGGACUGAACAUCCAGGAAGCACAUGCUUUUUCUACAGUAGAUCGCUACUCGUUAGAUGUGUUUGUUGUUGAUGGUUGGCCAUAUGAGUUUUUGUACACAUAUUUUCAGGAAAUUGAACAGCUCCGAGAUGCAUUGGAAAGAAAACUUUUUAAGCUUGAGAAACAGUCUUGGUCAGAUCAGUGUUCAUCAUCUCCUGUGAGUGAGCAAGACCAAGCAGGAAAAAAUUGCCAUGUUGAUCACUUAAGAAUACCUAAUGAUGGGAUAGAUGUAUGGGAAAUUGAUCCUCAGUUUUUGACACUUGACCACAAAGUUGCAUCUGGAUCUUAUGGCGACCUAUAUAAAGGUACAUAUCGUAGUCAAGAAGUGGCUAUCAAGGUGCUCAAAGCCGAACGCAUAGAUACAGAUAUGCAGAAGGAGUUUGCGCAAGAAGUUUAUAUCAUGAGGAAAAUCCGACAUAAGAAUGUUGUGCAGUUUAUAGGAGCAUGUACCAAGCCUUCAAGCUUGUGCAUUGUAACGGAAUUCAUGAGUGGCGGAAGCGUGUAUGAUUAUUUGCACAAACAAAAGGGUACAUUUAAGCUUCCAAUAUUGCUCAAGGUUGCAAUUGAUAUAUCAAGGGGGAUGGACUACCUGCACCAGAAUAAUAUAAUACACAGGGACCUGAAGGCUGCAAAUCUUCUGAUGGAUGAAAAUGAUGUCGUUAAGGUAGCUGAUUUUGGUGUUGCAAGAGUGAAGGCACAGACUGGUGUCAUGACAGCAGAAACUGGGACAUAUCGAUGGAUGGCUCCUGAGGUUAUUGAACACAAGCCCUAUGAUCACAAGGCCGACGUUUUCAGUUUUGGGGUGGUUUUAUGGGAGUUACUAACCGGAAAGCUUCCAUACGAGUACUUGACCCCAGUACAGGCAGCCAUUGGAGUGGUUCAGAAGAACUUAAGACCUACUAUCCCAAAGAACACACAGCCAAAGCUUACCGAGCUGCUUGGGAGAUGCUGGCAGAAAGACCCAAGCUUAAGACCUGACUUCACUGAGAUCAUUGAUAUUCUGAAGAAAAUCAGUAGCCAGAUCGAAAACACGGAGGACCGUAGGACGGAGAAGGGGUCCGGCCGAUUCAUGUCGCUGCUUAGACGCGGGCAUCAUUGAACUGAAAGCUUGGUAAUUUAUUCAGUUCCUAAAAUGGCAGCAAGUGUAUAGUAGUACUCUUAUUCUAUUUUCACUUCGAUUUCCGGAGUACAAAUUGGAAUUUUUCUUAGAAAAAUGUACAAUCAUCCAGUUGGAAUGUAGGAACCAAGGUUUCAACUAUUUUUUUGGAACCUUUAUGUUUUUACUUACAUUUUUGGUACAAAUCCUGAAUUUUUGGUAA